AUGGGAGGCGCCUGUACGAAGAACAGGGCAAGGCUACCUAAGCGCAGGACAGCGCAGGAGCUGGCAGACAAACAGAGACGAGAGCAAGAAGCCCUUGCGGAGGAGGAAAGACAAAAAAUGAAAGAGGUGGCGGAACAGCGGAGGCAAACAGAGAUUGACCGGGAGGAGGACAGUCGCCUACAAGACGAGGAAGAGACGGCUUUAGCGAGGCAACAGCAGGAAGAGGCAGAAAAGAAGAAACAAGAAGAGGGGCGGCGAGUCGCCGAGGAGGAAGCCAAGCAGGAGGCAGAAAGGAAACAGGCUGAGGAGGCAGAGAGGAAACAGGCUGAGGAGGCAGAGAGGAAACAGGCUGAGGAGGCAGAGAGGAAACAGGCUGAGGAGGCAGAGAGGAAACAGGCUGAGGAGGCAGAGAGGAAACGGGCUGAGGAGGCAGAAAGGAAACGGGCUGAGGAGGCAGAAAGGAAACAGGCUGAGGAGGUGGAGAAACGGCGCAGAGAACAGGAACAGGAGGUGAGACGGAGGCUUGAAGAGGGGGCCAGCGCAGCGCGGAGGGCGGAAGAGGAAGCAGCCAGGAGGCAGAAAGAAGAAACAGAAAGAAGAAGAAGGGAGGAAGAGGAAGAAGCAGAACAUCGUAGGAAAUUGCUAGAAGAUGACUCUGACGAGUACGCAUCAGAUUCACUGGAUGAUUCACAGGAAUACGAACAGACAGACUCGGCGGCAAGUUCACCUGCUACAGUUAGCAGUCGGGCCUCUCGACCUGUCACUGGCGCCACCCCUCAGCGACGAAGCCGAAAGUCGCACGGCGCCAACAUGAAAGUUGUUCACAAGACCGCGCGAAUCGUGUCUCACCACUGUGGCUGCGAGCUGGAACCGCAGCAUGAUGACCUUACGUGCCCGGUCUGUGAAUUCACAGAUAUGGGGGAUGUCCCUCUCCUUCGAUAA